AUGGAUCCCAAUAUCCAACGGCUGCUAAUCAUGACCCCCUCGUGCACGCGCCCCUUGCGCAUCGCUUCCGUCGCAAGCUUUUUGAUCGCUUUCCCGCUAUGCAUCGCUCACGGUGUACUAUCUCAUAGCACUGCGCCGGCUGUUGGCCUUGUCCCGCUCGGCACUUCGGCCAGCGCAGCCCUCUGGUUCUUACUGCGCCGGCCGAGACGCAGCGACAAUGAGGCCGCGGGGGAAAGUGCAGAUAGCUCUGGAGAUCAGACGACAGAACAUAUUGCGGAAUCCCGUCGGCCAAUACUCGUGUUUUUUGUUGAUACGAUCCACGCGGUGGCUCUCAUGGUGGUCCUGGUCUUCACCUGGAUUCAUAUCCGCCGAAAGGGGAAUGCAGCGCUGAGCGCAUUCUACACCGGUUUCGCAAUCCGUGAUCUGAUGCAAUACCUGGCGUGGCAGACUGUCCCGCCCGAUUGCCCGAACUGCAGUCACCGUCUCCGACCCGCGUCGCGUCCGUCGAUUCCUUGGUUCCAGUCGCAGGGCAGUGGUAACCCGCGCAACUGGAAGCUCAAGAUGCCGUCCAUGCCCACCGUCAAAACCCCUGAGUGGAAAGUGCCCGCUUGGCUCCCAGGCCGCAGCAGAGACGCUGAUGCUAGUCUCUUUGCCAACGAAGAAGACCGAUAUAGAGACUAUCCGGAGGACGGGGAGCGGUCCGAGGUUACUUCGCCUGAGCCCGUCGACAUUGUGAGAAAGGAUAGGAAGAAUAGGAGUACGCCGCUACUGGAUUGA